AUGUGCAUUGGAGGCUUUGAUCAUGGUGAUCUUGGUCGUCGCCGCCGUUUUCUGAAUACGCGGGGUUACGUCACCCACCCUUCUUUCAUCCUCCAUCACGAGUGUUUGAAGCUCGCUCUGGGGACGGAGGGGACCCUGAACCCAAAGCGCGGGGUAAAUUCCCUGAGUCACGUGAGAGGUUUUUGCCUCCUUGUGGCGUGGGCAGCGCUUGGGAAGGCCGAGGAUGUGGUGACACUGACAGGUUCGGACUUCGAGCAGCACCUGAAGGACAACAAAUACGUCCUCGCAGAGUUUUACGCCCCCUGGUGUGGACACUGCAAGAAACUCGCGCCGGAAUAUGAGAAAGCGGCGCAAGCGUUGAAAUUUUCAGGAGUCUCCCUGGCCAAAGUGGAUGCCACGGAGGAAAAAGACCUCGCGAAGAAGUAUGAUGUGAAGGGGUUUCCUACCCUGAUCUGGUUCGAAGAGGGGAAGCAGAUGGAGUACAGUGGCGGGCGGACAACCCAGACAAUUAUCGACUGGGCAUCGUCCAUGACUGGCCCGGCGGUCUUGGAGAACUCAGACCCGGCUCCUCCUGGAAGUGAAAGGCCGCGCGUGGUCCUCCAGGCCAGCAGCUUGGAUUCAGUCUUCGAGCAGGUGGCCAAGGAUCAUCGAAGGAAAGCCACCUGGUACUUCCAGAAGACUGGCGGUCCCUCGAAGGUCAUUCUCCAACACGCAGGAGAGGACCCGGUGGAGUUGUCGGGCGCCUUGGAGAAUGCAACGCUGACCCAGUUUAUUUUGGACAAUGCCCUGCCGCUGGUCGGUGAGCUCAACGCCGAUACCUUCGACAAGUAUUUGGAAGCUGGAAAAGGCUUGGUUUGGAGCCUUUUCCCUGUGAAAGCUGGCGAGGGCUUUGAGGAGCAUCGCGGCAUCAUGACAGAUGUGGGAAAGAGGUUUCGAGGCAAGUACUUUGUGACCCACACCGACACGGCGAAAUUCAAGGAGGCCAUCGACAACAUGCUUGGCAUCACCAAGUUCCCAGCCAUCGCAGUACAGAAGAAGGCUGGGGACAAGAAGAAGUUUGUUUACACUGGUGCCAUGACGGCGGCGCAGAUCUCCCAGUUCGUAGAGGACGUAAGCACAGGGAAGGUGCCCCCGUCACUGAAGUCUGAGCCCAAGCCUGCGGCGAAUGACGAUGCUGUCAGAGUUGUGGUGGGCUCCACCUUCGAGCAGGAAGUUUUCACCCCCGACAAAGACGUGCUACUGGAAGUUUAUGCACCCUGGUGUGGGCACUGCAAGAAGCUCGAGCCCGAAUAUAGCAAGUUGGCGAAGAAGAUCAAGAAAGAGGAGCUGGGUGACUUGCUGUCCAUUGCAAAGAUCGACGGCACUGCGAACGACAGCCCAGUCGACUCCAUCGAUUGGAGUUCCUUUCCAACGAUCUUCUUCGUGAAGGCAGGGCAAAGCAAUGCCACCGUCUACGAUGGUGAGAGAACCGCGAAAGGACUGUGGAAAUACAUCCGGAAGCAUGCCACCAAAGCUCAAGAGCUGCGAGAGAGGCUCGAAAGACGGAAGGGCAACAAAGGAAGAGGCGAGGAGCUGUAG